AUGUCGUCUUCACCAGUGAUCAAGGACACUCUGAAGACGGAGCCGACAGAGAGCACUACUACCAAGGACAGUGACAGCUUAGCUGUGAAAGCUGAUGCUGUGCAGAAACAGAAGAAUCUGCUCCGAAACACGUCCACUCACGGCCUCGUUGCGAAAUGGGGCUAUCUCAAAAAAUGCUCGCCUAUGAAGAACAAGGCGCGAGCUCUGGCCAGAAAGAUCGAAAAAGAGCUCGUCCGGCGUGGUGAAUUGGUAGAAGGCGACUCUGACUCCACACUGACUGAGGGAAGUUGGCGUCCAGGGAUGGUCAUGGCUCUGGCUGCCAAAACCGUGCCUGAUGUGACUCUAGUGUCGCCGUCUUCGAAGCAAUUGGUGGAGCAUGGGCAGCAUUGCAAAACUGGCAGCUGCUCUGAGUGCGCUUGGCUGCUCAAAGGCUCAGCUUGGAGGAAAAAUUUUCCUUGGCUGCGGGCCGGCUAUGCAGGCAAGAGCGAUACCUUGACAGUGGGGUGCAAAGACUGCGCACUGCAUGCUGGGAAAUACAAAGGGGCAGGAGGUGAUGCUCAGCUUUCCACUUAUGCCACUUUUUCUCUACAGCCCGACGCUACUUGGAAAACAUGGAGGUUUCGGCAUCAUGAGAAAUUUAAGUACCACAUGGCCGCCACGGCUGGAGAUGCAACUUCUCAUGCCCCUGGUGCAGAUGAGUGGCAAGACCUUGUGCGCAAGCUCAAUCGAGGACAUUCGGAGCGUGACAAGAAUGAUGGAAUACCUUCUUCUCGAACAAAGCUGAUGCACUAUUGCCUCAGCGAAUCCAUCUUACACUCUUAUCGCGUUUUCCUGGCUACUGCCCAAAGCAUUACGUUGAUGAGGGAUGAACGGGAAGGACGUCUUUUGAUUAGAUUUCGCGCGGUGGAUGCCAAACUACAAGUUUGCAGCGGCUGCAUUGGACAGCCUCGCCUGGUGGAAGGAAAGACUUCCGAGCACAUAGCGGCUGCCACUGUGACGGCUGUGAAGCUCUUUUGCACACCUGGCUUUGCAGGGUCGCUUGACUCAGGAUUGUUCAAGCACAUCCGACAGACAGUUCACAUCAUGGUGACAGACGCAGCAUCGUCUGAAAUCCUGGCGUCGGACAUGCUCAGAAAAAGGAGGGGGUCCGAUCACAAUGACUUGCAGAGAGAUCCAUUUUUUCCAAACCUGUUGUUGCUUGGCCGUGAUGCCAGCCAUGCCUGCGUGAGGCUGAUCAAACGUCCAUGGCACGUCAUGAAUGAGGUGAAAGAUGUGGUCAACAGCACAAUCACACACAAGGACUCUGUGGCCCAGAAGAUCUUCCACUCCCCCAACUAUUCCUUUUGGCUGCAGGAAGCCAUCGACAGAGGCUCAGGGCCUCAGACCAGCAGCUUAUCAGCAGCGAAGCAUCGCUUCGCAUCGUUUGCAAAGCCAAUGGGGAGAUUCAUUCUCAAUCUGCAGCCAAUGUUUGAGGUGCUUCACAAGAUCUUGGCUUUGAAAGAAGAUUGCGGUUGGUUGCACACCUGGAUGGAUGCCGUGUCGGGGCAACGGUUGCUUCUGCUCGCGGCAGCCGCCGAUGCCGCUGACACAGUCAUGGAGUUCUUGAGGCUGAUGGACAACGAAGGACAAGGAACACCAGGGCAAGUUUUCGAAAUCAAUGGCUAUAGCAAGCAUUGUCUAGAUGUCUUGCAAUCAGAGCCUGGAUUAUAUGUGAAGCACCGGGGACAACAGAAAAGAAUCAGGGUUUCUGCUGCAGAUCGCCGCGCCGUCCUGCAGGCCUUCAAGCCAUGGGUGCACCUCUGCCAUGAGGCUUGCGAAGCAGAGUUUCCUCAUUUUCAUUUGUUUUCCUCCAUGGGCGUCUUAGAUCUUCGCUCUGACGCACGGCGCACAGAUGAAAGAUAUUCUUGUCUUCGCCGCUUGGCUGCGGCUUUGCAGUUGAUGAGCAAGGGCUUGUCUCUGAGUUUGAAACUCUUCGCCCAGUGGCCAUGGCUUUCCGUCAGAAGCAGGAUUGCAGUAGCCGGGAUGCAUGGAAACAAGCUUUGA